AUGGAUGUAAGUUCGUUCGACCAUGACUGUCUCUUGCUCACAGCAUCGCAUUGCACCGCACAGAAGUCAGUCAUUCCUGCAGUUCUCCACCAGCGUUGGCGUCUUCUCUGCUCUGCUGAUCGGCUUGCCGCUGGAGCAACAUCACAGCUGGUGAGACACGGAUGGAUGGAUGUAAGUUCGUUUGACCAUGACUGUCUCUUGCUCACAGCAUCGCGUUGCACCGCACAGAAGUCAGUCAUUCCCGCAGCUCUCCACCAGCGUUGGCGUCUUCUCUGCUCUGCGGAUCGGCUUGCCGCUGGAGCAACAUCACAGCUGGUGAGACACGGAUGGAUGGAUGUAAGUUCGUUCGACCAUGACUGUCUCUUGCUCACAGCAUCGCAUUGCACCGCACAGAAGUCAGUCAUUCCCGCAGCUCUCCACCAGCGUUGGCGUCUUCUCUGCUCUGCUGAUCGGCUUGCCGCUGGAGCAACAUCACAGCUGAUGUUCUCAUCUGCACGUGGUUUUCUGAGUUGCCUCCCCUGCCCCUUCCUCAUAAAAAGGCUCUUCUCCUCUUUCUGCAGGUGGCGGGGCAUGUUUAUCCUGGGCGCUCUCCCUCCCUGUCUCUUGCUGCUCGGCAUGGCAGUUGCUGCACCGGAGACGCCGCGCUGGCUGCUGCUGCACCACAGCCUGCACGCAGCAGCGCGGGCAGCAGUGAUCGUGAGAGGAACGGAGGGGGCAGAAGAGGUGUUGCAGGAGCUCAUGUCGACACACCCACUUGCCACCUCUGCACUCACAUCCGCUGCUGCUGAUGCUCCCAGCAGCACCGCCCUGCACCUCACCAGAAGCUGCUCUGCUGUUGAGGUGCCUCGUGAGCAUGCUGCUGGUGCACCCAGCAUCACCGCGCUGCACUCCACCAGAAGCUCCUCUGCUGUUGAGGUGCUUCAAAAGCAUGGUGCUGAUGCAACCAGCUCCGCCCUUCACUCGCCUUUGCUCACCAGCAGCCGCUCUGCUCCACCCCCUGCUGCCUCUCUCUUCCAUCCAAGAUACCGACGAGUGCUCCUCCUCGGCCCCACGCUCUUCGCCCUGCAGCAGUUUGCAGGCAUCAACGCGGUCGUCUACUUCUCCUCUCACGUCUUCCGCUCUGCUGGGUUUUCUUCUGGCAUUGCCGCCUCUGUCCUAAUCGCCUCGUUCAAACUCGCAGCUGUGCUGCUGGCAGCGCGACUGGUUGACUCGGCAGGGAGAAAGCCCCUUCUGCUGCUCUCCUUCCUUGGCAUGGGAUGCUCUAUGCUGUUCCUCUCGGCGGUCCUAUCCUGGCCUCGCCUGCAACCCCGUGCACCACUUCUCUCCAUUAUCGGCACAAUCAC